AUGUCGACUGCAGUGGCAUCUUCAGCGAUGACUCCGCUGCCACCGAUGGACCGGAAUAUCAGUCCCAGAAGCUAUCCGCCGUUGGCUCCAUCUACGAGUCAUGCUCCAAGAGACAGAACAUCCGACUCGGUUGUGCCUCUAGAAGCAAUGGGUACAUCUCAGAAUGAAAAGACACCGUCCGAUGGCAAACGGUCUCCGAACUCUGUUAGAAGCUCGGACCGUCCCAAGAUCAUCGUGAAGAAAGAGCCUCCUUCAUCUCCUUCACUCCAACCAAGUACUCGUCACAGGCCCAAGAAAUUGGAUUUGAACACCAACACUGCUUCAAUGUCCACUGGGCUCAACUCUCGUCCCUCAGCAACACCCAUGACUGCAAGAGAUGGACUGGUCAUACAUGAUGUUGGGUUGGCUUGUCUGUCGCCAGGUUUCGCAACACAGGACCCGGCCAUGCGAGAGCAACUUGAGCGUAGCAUGAGUGUAAGAGAUCAGCAGCGAUCAAUAAUCCAAGCAAGACUGCUCAAAUCUGCUCGAGGUGAUGGUCCGGAUACAGGAAAGAGCAGUGAGCCAGGUACUUCUACAGCCAAGACCCCUACCACUUCAAAGAAAAGGCCUCCGCCAGGACUAUCAAUCGUGCCUCCUGCAGCUGAGAGAUUUGCCAACGAACGUGUCAUUCAGUCAGCCCCUUUGAAUCAGACAUUUACCGGAAGACAGGAGAUCCAUACUUCGGUAAGACAAUUUAACGACCACCCAGCGAACUCGCAAAACUCUCACAUCCAUCAUAUGCCCGCCAUUCAGACCAAUAACCGACUACCCCCAAUCGCCGACGUUUUCGGUGCCAGCGAGCUCAACCCUGGUCCAGCUCGGCCGCCUUUUCUGCAUGCGAACUCGACUCCCUCCCAAAUCCACGGACCACCGAUGCCGUCUCCGGGAUUUCCACCUCAAACUGCCCAUCCCAUGUCUCAGCCUGGCGGACUACAAUUCGAGCGACCACGAGAGUACAGAUCGGCAGAAGAUGCUGUUAACGACAUGAUCGGAGGACGUGAGGAGCUCCUACCUAAGAUCGUCCACUAUGGGGGUCAUCAGCCUCCAACGCCUCCUUCGCCGCACAUUGGACACAAGGACCAUUCGACUCCUCAAAAGUAUCCACCGUACAGCCACCAAGCAGGCCGAAGAAGAAGCCGCAACGAAUAUGAGGAGGGAAGUAGCCCACCACUGGGCACUGGACCAGACCGCAUCCGGCCCAGUGGACCAUUCGGUGAAGGACGAGACAGCCCGGCCACUCAAAGGGCGAAAAAGGACGAAUUUCUGAGCUUAUGCGCAAGAGCAUGGGAUCUUUUCCACUCUUGA